CAACCCUUUCCCUUUCCCUCCUCCCAACCUCUCAUUUCGAUCUUUUUCGUUUUUUUAUUUUAUUGUUUUGAUUAAUCUAUUUAUUCUCCGCAAUAUUCCUCUUCCGCUUUCGAUCUCGGUGUCCCUCAACGGCCUCGAUCGAUCUUGUUUUCCUUCUUUCGAUCGGAGGAGGCUUCGAAAUUCGGCGAUUUUGGGUAUAUUUUUCCUGCGAUUCGGUCGAUUUUUUGGGGUCGAAGGUGUGAGUUUGAUCGUCUCUUGCGAGGGAUUGUUGGUGCGAGUUUGGGGAUUCUUGAAACUAGGGUUUUGAGGGGUCUUUGACGCUAUGCCGCGGAGGCACAGAUCGCGCAAGCACGGGUCUCGGGACGAGAGGGGGCGGUCGGAGUCUGAGGAGGAUAGGGAUUCGAGGGAGAAGAGGAGGAGGGAGGAGGAGAAGGGACGUGGCUCUCGAAGUAGGGUUUCGAAGGAUCUGGAGCCCGAGAAGCGGAAAUCUUCGUCAUUGGCGCCGUCUCCUGAUGACAGGUACCAAUUUGAUCCGGGUAACGGCGAUGCCUCGGUUGAGCGUGCGAAGAAGCGGAGGGAUAGGGCCGAUGAAUCUCCCGCCAUUGAAGGUCGGUGGAGUGGAGGUGGAGAGGAUGAUGGCUUUACUGUUUUCAGAGGAAAAGGCGAGACCUUUGACUUUGGAGAGUCGGAGAAGUUGGUAGUGUCCACCCUUGGCGAUGAUUUAAAAGGGAGGGCAAGAAGAAGGCAUGAAGUUUCAGUUGAGAGGUAUGUGGAGACCGCCGAGAAGGUCAAAUCGGAGAAGCGGCAAUCGGAGCAAGAUUUGACCUAUAAAGAGGAUAAUGUCAGUUAUGAUGAGAAGGCAAGGGGCACAGAGCAUGGAGCAGAGAAGGGAGAGGAAUCGCGGCGUGAGAGCUCAAAAUCUAAACUACGAGUCUAUGAAGACGAACGAUCUUUGAAAAAGAAUAGGGAAAUUAGCGAAGAUAAACAGAAAGAUGAAUUGUGCAACUCUGAGUCAGGAAAGGAGCUUGAGAGACAUGAGAAAAGGAGAAAACGAUCUGGUGAUAAAGAUAAAUGGCAAGCCGAUAUCUGGGACACUGAGGAUAAGCAUUUGUAUUCCCAUAGAUAUGAAAGGUCCAGAGAUAACAAACAUAAAGAUGAAAGAUAUAGAGAUAAAUACCGAGAUGAUAUUUACAGAGUUCAUCGCAAUGAUAGAAAACGAGAUGAACACUCAUCAAGGAAUCAGACAAGUGAUAGGCCUUCAAAUAAGCAUUACAGGGACGAACACAAGCAUAGAGAUGAUGGUGGUUCCUAUAUAGAGAACCAAAGAGCUAAGUAUAGAGAUGAUAACAGAGGAAGGAAAAGGUCUUAUGAGGAAGUCAGGGUUUACAGCGAUUUGAAAGAUCGAAAUGGAAAACAGAUACAUCUGGGAGCAGAAAACUAUAAAUCAGAUGCAAGUUUUCUGUAUUCACAUACCGACAGAGCUAGGACUGAUCAUCUGAGACAGGACAAGGUUGAUUCCAGUUGGCACGAUAAUCGCCAAAAUAACUCCCCCAGACACAGUACUCUUUCCAUCAAAGAAGAGAGCAGGCGCAACUCGAAGCAAGAAGAGAAACUCCGUGAUGCAGCCUCCAUGGAAGAUUUUUCUGGCCUCUCUGGGCGACAGGAAAGAGCAUCUGAUUCUCAGUCAGUGGAGAAGAUUAAAGUAAAGGAUGACUUUACUGAAACAGCUACUUCUUCGAAAUAUAACAGGACACCAAGAUCAGAUGACUGUUCUACACCAAACAUGUCUACUGAAAAAUCACCGUCAUCUGCAAAUGGUCAGCGAUUAUUAGAAAAAGGUGGUGUGAAUAGUGAGCAUGUUCUUGUUGAUCAAAGCAAAGGGCAACUUCUCCCUCCACCGCCUGUGAGAUUUGGGAUUGAGAACCCAUCAGUUUUGGGUUCUUAUGAAGAAGAUAAUCAUAGAAUUCAACCAAUGGGAGAUCGUAAACCUGGAAGCCGUUUCAAAAGGAACAGUGGUCCAUACAAUAAUUCCUGGAAAACUGCCCCAACUUGGCCUUCUCCUAUUCCUAACGGCUUUAUACCUUUCGAGCAAGGUCCACCACCUCCUGAUUUCCAUUCAACUAUCCACCAAUAUCCUGCUCCAUCCCUCUUCGGAAUAAGACCUCCUUUGGAGAUGAGCCACACUAGGGUUUCUUAUAACAUGCAUGAAAUAGCAGGCCAAUAUUCUGGUCACGCACGUCCAUUUGGAUGGGGUAAUACAGUCAAAGAUUCAUACCCACCUCCGGAUGCAAGGCCAGAUUGGGGUAAAGCGAGGCAUCCGAUUGAUACCCCAAUGGUACAUGAUACAUGGAAGGGACAAAACAUAAAAAAUACGAAUAUUGAUUUUCAUCAGGCUCGUGCUAACGAACAUUCAUUAGUGCAAUCUCUUCAUCGAACCCGAAGCGGACAAUCCCUUUCGGCAAGCACUGAAAUAAAGAGAUCCAGUGAAGCAUCGCCCUUAAAGAGUGAUGCGGACGCUCCAUCUAGUAAUAUACUUGACAAGUCAUCGCAGCCUUCGAAAAGACUUGAGAAUGAUAACCCUCCCUUUUGCUGUAGUUACCUUUCUAAGAUUGAUAUUUCGAUUGAUCUUACCUCUUCCGUAUUGUAUAAACAUUGCGUAACUUUGCUGGGUGGUUGUGACCCACCUGACGUAUCUGAUGCAGCAAAACAUGAAGAUUUGCAGAACACUAAAGCAGUGAAGAAAGUAGGGAAGAGUUCAAAUUUCAUCUUAAGAUCUCUGUUCCCUGCAAAAAAGGACCGCGUUUUUCAGAGAGCCAUGUUAAUCUCCAAGAUGCGUACUGAGUUUACAAAGGUGAAGUGCCCUGUCUCACCUUCCUCAGAAGCUUCUAAUAAAGAGCAAGUGGCGGAACAGAAUAAUUUCUCCCCCGAUAAAGAUGCAUCGCCAUUAGCUGCUAAUUCUGGCAACACAGGAGGAGAGGGACAAAACCCUAAUGUUGAUACUGAAUGUGAUCACCUUAAUAUUGCCAUGGAACAGGAGAAAGCCUCUACCAUUUCUGGAGACAGUUCUAAAGAUGACCCUAAGGAACAUCAUAGUCCCAAUGUUUGUGUUGAACAAUUUCCUUAUGAAGGCAACCUUCCCAAAGUUGAGAAAGAGCCGCAGCAAUGUGAUGCCAUUUCCGAAACUGUUGUUUUUGCUUCAGGUUCUCAGGCAUGUGACGCCGUAAUGCAAGAAUGUAGGGUAAAUUUAAGACGGAUACCUUAUUCUCCCGAAAGUACACGUUGAAACAUUUUAUAUUCGUCGGCUUUUUGAAUAAGCAAGCUUCUUCUUGCGUCUUUUCUAUGAA